AUGGUGGUCAAGGCGAAGAGACGAGCGAGCCUCCCAAAAAUAUACAUCCCCAACACCAGCAAACAACUUCUCCCUCGCCUCUGACGGGUGAAAGCGGCGGCUGGAGUCAAAAGGGGGGAGCGACCUGGAGCCGACUGAAGCACCCAGCACCGGCGGCUUGGUUUGAUGCGAGGAGCGGGGGGGGAAAAAGAAGUGCAGCGGAUUCCAGUCCCGUCCACCAACGUUUUAUUUUUUUAUUACUAUUUCCAGAGAUAAAAUGAAUGAAAACUGGUCUUCAAAGCAAAUCAAAGACCAAUUAGACCAGGGACAAAUAGCUGUGAAGGUGAAGAUCGAGAAAGUGUUGCCUGAAGAGGAAGCAAAGUAUGGGCAGUGCAUUGCAUCAGAAUAUACCCAGGCAUAUCCUGCAGACAUGGAACUGGAACUGGGGAAGGUAAAAGGUGAAGAAGUGAUGAUGAAUGAAUCCCCUGAGCAAUAUGACUACUGGUUUUGUGAGACCUGCCAAGAAUACUUCAUGGAUGAAUGUGCUCUUCAUGGAUAUCCAGUGUUUGUAGCUGAUACACCUAUACCUGUAGGUACACCAGACAGGGCAGCUCUUACGGUUCCUGCUGGAGUAGCAGUUGUGAAGGAGCCUGGAGGGGAGAUUGACGUUCGUUGUUUAGAUUCCAUCAUUUCAAGAGGAAGGAUAUUUGGACCAUAUGAAGGAGAAGUGUGUCAAACUGAUAAAUCCUCAGGGUUUUUCUCAUGGCUGGUACUUGGCAAGAAUAACGCAUAUAAGUCCAUUGAUGGCACAGAUGAGACCAAAGCCAAUUGGAUGAGGUAUGUAGUAAUAUCAAGAGAAGAGAAUGAACAGAACCUCAUGGCGUUCCAGCACAAGGAGAAAAUUUACUUCCGUGUGUGUAGGGACAUUCGCCCUGGAGAGAGGUUCAGAGUCUGGUAUAGUGAAGAAUAUAUGAAACGUCUCCAUGCAACUACACAAGACACUGUAGACAGAAGCCUCCCAGACGCGGAAGCAAAGUGCAAGAAGGCUAGCCUAGGAAGACAUUCCACUGAAAAAUCCACUGGAAAUCCAGGGACCUCCCGAAAGCCAGGGCUUCUAAAUAAGGAUGAUUUUGAAAGACUUGAAAUUACCAAUCCUAACAAGGGUGGAAAACGUGGCAACAAAGAUGGAGACUGCAGCCCAAGCCCUAAAAAAAAGAAGCUGGAACAAUUCUUCAAAAGCAGCCAUGACUUGCCCGUUGAAACUCCAAGAGAAAAGCUUGGUUGUCCAGUUUCUGGUCGGGGUCCAUAUGAGCAUGUAUGUUCUAUGAAGCAAGCUAGCAAUCUUCAUAUAACUACCUCAUCUCCUGUACCUCAAAGGUCUCAGUUCGUAGGCCGCAGUGGACAGGAACAUGAAAUCAAUAAAUUGAAUACAGCACAAACAAAAUAUUCAUCACCAAUGGACAAUCGAAUUCCUGCUCGACAAAGGCUCAGGCAUCAAGAGGGAGACACAUUCAACAGGCCAGGAACUUCCUCACAACAAAGUACUCUAUCUCAAUCAAGCACCAGAGGUGAGAUAGACUUCAGGUCCCAACAAAAAGUUAAUGAAAAGCAUUUAAGUUCUGGUUUUCUCCAAACAAUGGACUCUGGGUUCCUUCAAAAUACUGAAGAAAACAGCAGCGCUUUGCCACCAGAAAAUUCAGGUGGACGGCAUGGGGCUGUGGCUGAGGAAGAUCUUCCAAAAAGCCAGCCCACAUCGUACUGUCCAAAUUGUGUAAUACUACAAGAGAAAAUUCGACAGCUCCAGGAUGAACUAGAUCGAUUGAAGUCUAACUUGCCAGUUCCUUCUAUGGCUACAUUUGCCUUUCUGGAAAAUCUUGUCCAGUACUACAGAUUCCAUCUCUUGCAAUCAGAAGCUGAAGAAAGAAGCACCUUGAUACCUGUGCGACCUGACCAACAACAGCAACCUAUGAAGGAUAAUGUUCAACACAAUUACCCUCAACAUCCACCAACGCUGCUACACCUUCCACAACAGUAUGAAAGUCAACAUCCAGAAGAACAAAUGGCAGUGAUUGAGCAGGGUCCAGAACCUAAACUGACGCAACAAAAGUCUUCAGAGCAAGAACUUAAGGUUGAGCAAUGUGAUGAAAUUCUUGAACAACAAUAUUAUCCAGAGCGAUCAAAACACCAUUACCAGCAGAAAAACCUCAAAGAACAACUCAGUGAGGUGCCACAAAAUAACAGCCAAUGCCAACAGCAUUUAAUGGUGGAGCACCAUCCACUAGAUGCAAAUCAGUCGUCACAUCUCCAGCAACAGUCACCACAACCGUUAUCACAUCUCCAGCAAAAGUCUCCACAUCAAUUGCCACAUCUGCAGCAACAGUCACCACAGCAGUUAUCACAUCUCCAGCAAAAGUCUCCACAUCAAUUGCCACAUCUCCAGCAACAGUCGCCACAGCAGUUAUCACAUCUCCAGCAACAGUCGCCACAACAAUUGCCACAUCUCCAGCAACAGACGUCACAACAGUUGCCACAUCUCCAGCAACAAUCACCUCACCAAUUAUCACAGACGCCGCAGUCAUCCCCACAUCCACUGCCACAAUCCCAGCAGCAACAACCUGACCAGAAGACAUUUUUAUGGCAGCAAGAAAAUCUACAGCCAUUGCCACCACCACCAACGUCACGACCACAGCAUCAGCCUCCACAUUAUCAAUGCCCUUCACUGCAGGAACCUCCACAUCUCCAACAUAGGUUGCAGCCUUCAACUUUCAAAGAUAUUUGUCGUAAUCUGAAAGCCGUAGCUGCUCGUAAACGUAUGCGGCAGAAUCAGCCAUCGGAAGGUGUACAGCCUGGCUCUGGGAUUUCGGUCAGCUGCCUUAAUUUAAAUUUCAUAAGUCCUGCUGAGAGGAGUGACCCAAGCAAACUUACAAGAGCUCUGCUGGAAUACUUUUACACUGAACAACAUCUGGCUUCACAUUGUGCUCGAGGCAAAGGCAAAAACAGUGGGUUCAACAUGUCCAGACCAGCUCUUGAUCCAGAUGUUGUGGAUGCAAUCAAAGCAUAUGUGCAGCUGAAGUUUGCAUACGUGAUGGACAAGGCAUUUUAUGCCAUGGUAAACAGCAAGUGCAGUGACAGCAGAAAAAAGAUUCGUUACAUUUUGGGAGUCCGGGACAAACCUGAAGAUGCUCCUAAGUAGCAGGAGUUUUGUGUGGGUUUCACAGUGGAAAUCGUGGGGCUAACAUUGAAGAAGGAGAGAAGAUGGGAGUUGGGGUUAAUGGGUGUGGGCAUUUACCAAUGAAGGAGGAAAUUUUUGUUUUGUCUACAUCAAUAAUGUCAAACAACCCCUAAAUCAAUUGAUUCUACCAAGAAAGGACAACCUGAAGAUUUGAUCCAUUUCAGUUCUUUUCCAUCGUAAUAGAAUUGGCUUUAAAUUAAUCUGCUAAUCCCUUUGUCCUGAUACCCACCACCAUUGCAAAACAGUGUAUAUUUAUUUAAUUUAUUCAUUCAGUACACGUACUACAAAAACAGCUGACAACAUUGCUACUACAAAAUAAAGUGUACAGAAAUUCGUUCUUUAUUUGUGCAAUUUGACUCAUAUUGGGUGAUAAAAUUACUUCUGAGGAAGAAAGCCUCGUUCAAAGAGAUGUUACACAAAUGGCUAGUAACUAGAAAUGACAAUGAUGUUACUGGCAGCAAGUUUGUGAUUCCAACCAGAAUUAUUCUUUCCCAUUUCAGUUGUAGUUGUUCUGGCCAAAUACUGACUUAGUAACUGAUUACUUGAGAGUUAGGUAUGUAGUAAAUUAGAAGCUUAUUUUAUCCUUCAGAACAUUCAGAUUGUCUCGGCCUUUGCAUCCAUCCCCAGCAAUUGUUAGGUAUGGCAUAUUAGCAGUAAAUGAAAAGCACAAUAGGGACACAUUUGAUUUUUAUAGUUUGCUGCUGGAUAUACUUAUUGAUUGCACUUAAGCAAAAGCUGAGAAACGUUGUCACUGAAGUGAGCAGGAUUUGUUCAUUGUGCAUCAUUAAUGCAUUUAAAUUUGCUGGCUCCUGGCAGAGCAUUUGUUUUCUGCUGGCAGAAAGUGUUGCUGCUGCAAACCAAGUGGUAAUUCAACACAUUAACCUCCUAAAUAUUGAAUGUAUCUUAAGAUAAAAUGGAAAUUUUACUGAUGACACUAAUUUUUUGUAGUGUGUUUAAACAUUUGUUCAUUUUGUAGCCUCUUAGUUUGCAUUUCUAAGUCUCCAUUUGUUGGAAUGGACAUGUGAAUUUGAACAACUCCACAGACCUGGUUGUGGAUGGUUAAAAUUGUAGAAUCCAACUUUCCAUUGUGAGUGACCAUUCUUCCUAUAGUUAGUCACCUAUAAUAAAGUAGAAACUCACUAAUGUAAGGAAGGUCAAAAAGUUCAUUAGAAACAUGAAGAACUGAUACGUAACAAAAAUAAAGUUGGUUUCUUUCUGUACUUGAGGAUGGCAACCCGUUUUUAUUUGU